UUCUCAACCAACCAAUCCCAACCAAUUAUAUAAACCUCAUCCAAAACUUUCACAUUCUCUCCCUCCUCACCUCCAUCUCUCUCUCUCAUUUCUGACAUAAACAUGGCUACUGCUUCACUAACACAACUUCCCCUCACAUCAUCAUCAACAACAACCUCCACCAAAUCCAACUUUUCUGCAACAAAACCAUUAUCAUUACAAUUACAUGCACAAAAACAAGAACAAGGAAAGCUUAUAAUAAGAAGAGAUUUGCUUAGAGGACUGUCUUUCCUACCUCUUGUAAUAAAAGUCUCUCCUUCACAAGCUAAAGAAAUUGAAGUGGGUUCUUAUUUGCCAACUUCUUCUUCUGAUCCUUCUUUUGUUUUGUUUAAAGCAUCUACCAAGGAUACUCCUGCUCUUCGCGCAGGGAAUGUAGCACCCUACCAAUUUGUGUUGCCACCAACAUGGAAGCAGCUGCGGAUAGCCAACAUAUUGUCUGGGAACUAUUGCCAACCAAAGUGUGCAGAACCAUGGGUUGAGGUCAAAUUUGAAGAUGAGAAACAAGGGAAGAUCCAAGUUAUAGCUUCCCCUCUCAUCCGCCUCACCAACAAGCCUAAUGCUACCAUCGAAGAAAUUGGCAGCCCUGAGAAGCUGAUCGCUUCUCUAGGACCUUUUGUUACCGGAAACUCUUAUGACCCAGAUGAAUUGCUCGAGACUUCCAUUGAGAAGCUUGGUGAUCAGACGUACUACAAAUAUGCAUUGGAGACGCCAUUUGCUCUGACAGGAACGCACAAUCUCGCCAAAGCAACAGCAAAGGGGAGUACAGUCGUAUUAUUUGUCGCCAGUGCAAACGAGAAACAAUGGCAGACCUCCCAGAAAACUCUGCAAACCAUACUAGACUCUUUUCAAGUUUAGUCAUCUGCUGAAAUAUGUUUUCCAACCAUCAAUCUACUGCUUAUACUGUAAUACUAUAUAAUAUACUACAGAUGAGAUUAUUGGAUAGAGUGAAAAUAUAUUCUUGCUCA